GCUCUUCAACCCUCGCUGAAGAAGAGCUUUGUAUGCUUCACACCGGUGUCAACGUCUGUGCAGCAUCAUACAGCUAGCUAGGUUCAUCGUAUUGUAUAAUUGAUGCAGACUCGAUUCGAUCAACAAAGCCUUUAAACCAGUGUGUCGAAUGCAGGCAAUGAGAUUGGGAAGUACUGGUCUGGACAAAUGGAAUCGAAGACAACUCUAGGCACAUGAUUCAGAUAUGAUCCGGAUAGCUGCUCUAAAUGCAGCCUCAGCAGCUGCAGAUGAAUCUGAAGACCCCCUGAAAACGAAAAAGAGUCAAACUAAGGAGGCUCAGGAAGCUGAGGCAUUUGCUUUGUAUCAUAAAGCUUUAGAUCUUCAAAAACAUGACAAGUUUGAGGAGUCUGCCAAGGCUUAUCAUGAACUCCUUAAAACCCCAUUGCUCAAAGAGGCAAUGCCCUCGGAUGACCAAAAGGUGGGUCUUAAGCAUCCCGGACUGAUGCUGAAAUACUCUACCUUCAAAAACCUGGCUAGUUUGGCAGUGCUGCGGGAUGACUUGGAGACAGCUAUGGAGUUUUACUUGGAGGCUGUGAUGCUGGAUUCCACAGAUGUCAACAUGUGGUACAAGAUUGGUCAAGUGGCUGUGCGACUGCUGCGCAUUCCUUUGGCACGGCAUGCCUUUGAAGAAGGUCUGCAAUGUAAUCCAGACCACUGGCCCUGUUUGGACAACCUCAUUACUGUUCUCUACACACUCAGUGACUAUAGCUGCUGUUUGUAUUUCAUCUCCAAGGCCCUGGAAAAGGAUCAUUGUUACACCAAAGGCCUGGUGUUGAAAGAGAAGAUCUUUGAAGAGCAGCCUUGUCUGAAGAAGGAUUCUAUGCAGAUGUUCCUCAAUUGUGACAUGUCCAUUCACUAUGUGGAGGUGGAUGAGGAGGAGACCCAGACAAUUGUGGAGGAGGCAAUGGAUCUGCGACGACGCAGACAUGCACUCUCUGCCCGGGAAUUGAUACCAGACCUGGCGCUGGUCCAACCCAUCCGAUGUUUUUCGUGGAAGAAUGUUGGAGAGAGCCUCCUUGCCAUGUACAGACAUCAGACCACAUGCGAGCCACCAUGCCCAAGCCUUGGUCGCAGGAUUGACUUGUCCCAGUACCGUGACCCCAACUGCCUUCAGUCCCCACUUCCUGAACCCUGCCCUUCUGUCAGUGAGAUCCAGACCAUACCUAGCAGCAGCCCCAGCUCCUCGCUGCCUCCCCUUCCUGUCCCUGAGCCAUUAACAACGUCCCUGCCUAGCCCUCUGGUUCAGAUCACAAAGAACCAGACUGUAGAGGUCACGACAACUGCUGCACCCUCUGUUGCUAUGGAAACCUCCCUCGCUGAGAAGGAGAAGUUGAAGAAGGCCCCUAAGAGGAGACGUAUGACGGAGGACUGUGGAGACACGGCAAAACGCCGCUCAGCACGUGUCAGAAACACCAAGUGCAAGAAGGAGGAGAAGAUUGACUUCCAGGAACUUCUGUUUAAAUACCUACCAUCCAGACUGAAGAAGUUUGACCUUGAGGAUGGUGACGAGAGCCUAAGUAACCUGGAAGCCCAGUGUGAAGCAAAGCAGGACUCCAAAUUACUCCAUGGCGCCAGCGGCAUGCCUUUAGAGUCUAUUGAAUACAUGGAAUUAGAACAACAGGAUGUCCACAAAUUCCUGCUCAAUAAUAUGAGCAAUGGUGGGAUAUUAGAUUUGAUGAUGCACUAUCUGAAAUCCGUGGGCCUGAGGUUUAUGGAGGAGUGGCCUCGGGGGCUGACCUCUGUGGUGUUGCAGGUGUAUCACUGCUGGAGAAAGCACUGUAGUGGCCUGCCUAAUCCACUGCUACGUGACUGCAGUGAUCAGCAUAUACGGGAAAUGUUGUUGAUGAGCUUAUCCUGUAUGGAGCUUCAGUUGGAACAAUGGUCUCAUAGCAAAGGAAAGAACGGGUCCCCAAGAAAGUGCGUUGGAGGCCAAAGCAGUGUUGUGAGUGACACCGAGUUCCCUGGUCAGCAUUUUGAUGGGGACCUUUUACAGCUGGCCCUGGGAUCAUCACAGGCAGACUUGUUUGAGGAUAACUGGGUGACAAUUGUGGUGCGUGUUUAUUGGCUGAAAGCACGCUUCUUGGCCCUGCAGGGAGACAUGGACCAAGCCCUGGAGAGUUACGAUGUGUGUACAGGCAUGUUGCAGAGUCAGCAACAGACUAGCGAGGAAAACAAGUACACCAUCUACCUACCCAACUUACGUGUGGACUCCGCAAUCUCAGUGGAAGAGGUUGAUAAGAAGCUGAAGUCUCUGGAGCGAUGUCAGUCACUGGAGGAGAUCCAGCGUCUUUUUGAGUCUGGCGACUAUGACUCUGUGGUGCGGCUGCUGCAGCCCACCCUUAGUUAUGGUUCUGGCCGGGUCAGUCCUUUGGAGUUUGUCAGUUCUGUGCCUGAGAGGCCUGCCCAGCUGCUGCUGCUGCAGAACUCCCUUUUGAAACAGAAGGAUUACCGUCAAUGUCUGGAGUGCACUGAAGUGGCCCUUAACGAAGCCCUGCAGCAGCUCAACGCUGUCCCAGCCAGCUCCUACUCUGCCAAGGAGGAGUGGGUCUCCACUAUCACAAAGCUGCUGGGAGGCAUCGAGGUCUGCUUCACAGAGGACACUCAACUCCUAAGCAACGUCAACCGUUACACCAGCAUGGCCAGGCUGGCCAACAACCUCAUCCAGCUGAUUGACUGUAGCAUGGUGAUCCCUGAUGACCCCAAGGAGCCUAAUUUCUCCUCAGUCCUGCCCUGGAUUCUGCUGCAUCACAUCAUCAAGCAUGAGGAGGCCGCGUUCAAUUGCCUUCUUCGCCAGCACAUUUCUAGGGAGGACGAUGAAGAUGAGUCUCACACCCCCAUGCUGCCCUCGUCUCUGAUGCUGCUCAACACUGCCCAUGAGUAUCUAGGUCGCCGUUCUUGGUGCUGCAACUCCGAUGGAGCACUGCUCAAGUUCUAUGUUCGUGUUCUGGAAAAAGAGCUGACUGUUUCUAAACCAGAGGAUACCCAUCCCUACAAAGAGGAAUUGGAGAUGGCCUUGGAGCAGUGUUUCUACUGCCUGUACGCCUACCCCAGCAAGAAGAGCAAGGCUCGCUACCUGGAGGAGCACUCUUCUCAACAGGUAGAACUCCUGUGGAGCAACGCCCUUUUCAUGUUCCAGUAUUUCAAGCCCAAGACUCUGCCAGAGUUCGACAGUUACAAGACGAGCACAGUGUCUGCUGACCUGGCCAAUCUGCUCAAAAGGAUCUCUGGCAUCGUGCCCAACAGUGACACACCAAUUCUCACCAUGGAUGAGGUGUCAGCCUACAUUGAGAGCACGGCUGGGAAGGAGCCUGUCCCUUGCCUUCCUGAGGGUGGUGCUCCAGCACCCCCGGUGGUCAAUGAAAUCUACUACCUCUUGGCUGACUACCACUUCAAGAACAAGGAGCAGUCAAAGGCCAUCAAGUUCUAUAUGCAUGACAUUUGUGUGUGUCCAAACAGGUUUGACUCCUGGGCUGGCAUGGCACUGGCAAGGGCUAGCCGCAUACAGGACAAGCUCAAUUCCAAUGAGUUGAAGAGUGAUGGCCCAAUCUGGAAACACUCCCUGGCUGUGCUCAACUGUUUUAAGAGGGCCCUGGAGAUUGACAGCUCCAACCUGGCUCUUUGGAUUGAAUAUGGCACCAUGUCUUAUGCCUUGCACUCCUUUGCCUCACGCCAACUUAAACAGUGGAGGAGUGAGCUGCCCCCUGAGGUUGUCAAACAGAUGGAGGAGAGGAGAGACUCCAUGCUGGAGACAUCUUCCCAGUGUUUCCAGGGUGCGUCACGGUGUGAGGGGGAUAGUGAUGAGGAAGAGUGGCUCAUCCACUACAUGAUGGGAAAGAUCGCUGAGAAACAGAAGAAGCCGCCCCGGGAAUACAUCCAGCUCUUCAAACAGGCAGCGCAUUAUCUGCAUGAGGAGGCUGCCAGAUACCCCCGAAAAAUACACUACCACAAUCCCCCUGACUUAGCUAUGGAGGCCCUGGAGCUGUAUUUCCGUCUAAGCGCCACCAUCCUGAAGCUGCUGGAGGCUGAAGAGCCUGAUCUGGACCACGAGGUCUUCUUCAACGUCCUGGUUGAGGCCGCCACUGGACCCUUUGCCCGGGGUGAAGAGAAGACCAUGCCCAGGUCCCACGAGAAGGAGAAGCCCCUCUCGUUGAUGGACGAGGACUCCCACUGCUCCGUGUCGUCUGUGUGUGAUGCGGCUGCCGUUCACGAGACCUCCCUCCCAUCCAACGCUGCAGGUCUGACAUCCCCACCUUACACGGCCACUCCGGUUGACCACGAUUACGCCAAACGUAAAACCCUCCGGCGGCAGCAGCAGCAGACGUGGCAGCAGCAGAAAGAGGAGGAGCAGCAGGCCGAUGAGCGCAGUCAGGACAGUGUGGUGAUGCUGUCUGACUCCAACUCCACCCAGGAUGCCUUCACAGACCCCACCAGCUCCCAGGACAGUGGCCAUGUUAAGUUACAGUCUGCUUUCACAGACCCCGCUAGCUCCCAGGACAGUAGCCAUGUUAAGUUACAGUCUCCAUCUGGAAAGGGCAGCACUUCUUCAUCUGAGAACACCACCCCUGUCAAGGAGCAGCCACCAGUGGAAGACACUUACUCUCAUGGUGAAAAAAGCAACGGAGGUGGGACCUCAAUCUCGAUGGAGGAUAAAGAAUUAAUCCAGGAAGUAGUGGACGCCAUGUCAGUUACAGUACCGGAGGCUGGUUCCCCAAAGACCAUCAUAGAUUCUUGCCCUCAUCCACUGCCUGUUCCAUCCACCCCACCAAAGGCAUCGUCCUUUCACCAGGCAAAUCAGGCCACCCCCCAGACUCCAAUUCAUCAGGCCACCCCCCAGACUCCCGCCAGUGAUGGAAAGUGCCGUCAAUCAAGGUGGCCAGAGCCCCCAUCAGAGGUGGUGGAGGUGCCCAAGGCCCUCCCUAAUGACCGGACUGAGCAGCGUCGCAUGCUAGUGGAGAUGUGUGUCCGUGCUCUCUUCCUCUGCCUAGGACGAUUCCCCCAGCACUAUAAGAGCCUCUACCGCUUGGCUUUUUUCUACACCAACAGCAAAACACACCAGAAUCUGCAGUGGGCACGGGAUGUGUUGCUAGGAAGCAGUGUCCCAUGGCAACAGCUGAAGCACAUGCCAGCACAAGGACUUUUCUGUGAGAGGAACAAGACAAACCUGUUCAAUGGCAUCUGGCGUAUUCCAGUGGAUGAGAUUGAUCGCCCCGGCAGUUUUGCAUCUCACAUGAACCGAUCCAUCGUCCUUUUGCUGGAAGUGCUGUCUCAGUUGAAGGACCACGACACACUGCUCAAAGUUUCUUUCAUGCUCCAGAGAACCCCUGACCAGGGAAAGAAGUAUUUGCGGGAUGUGGAUCGUCAGGUUUUGGCCCAGAGAGCAUUUUUCCUAGCUGUAAAAGUGUUGGAAGAUAAUCUGAACAAACUCACCGGGGUUCCAGAGCAGACUUCCAAAGUGUCUGCGCCCUCCAUGGGGGAGAUGACUACCACCGACACAUCCAACAGGCCUAGUGCAGAAGAUAGCAGUCACGGACUGCCGAAGAAGCCUGGGUUAACUGAGCGCCCUCAGGUUACCGCCCCAGGCCCGGACUCCGAACCCCAGGAGGCCCCUCAGACACAGCCAGCCUUACUGGCCACAGAGCGAGUACAGGGGGAUCAGCAGCCAGUUACGCCAUCCGGGAAGAUGGCAGCUGCUGCGAGUGAGGGAGCCAGAGCAGGGCCAGAGGUGCCCAUGGAGCUGGAUGAUGGCCACCUGGGGCAUUCUUUCAGGACCUUAGACUCUCAGGGCAGCCACCCAGACACUGAGCCCCCCACAACUGUCCGUGAGCCUGAGGAGAAAGUGGCUUUGAGUGGUCGGACACCAGAGCUUUCUCUGGAGGAACUGAGCAUUAGCUCCAGGCAGCAGAACCUCCAGCACCAGCUCAUGGGUUCGUUAGCUAAGGGCCCAUUGUUAGCUCCCGGAGCAGAGCAGGGACUACGCAGACCCAGCAGGAAGCGGAAGCUCCUUGAUGAUGUGGAGUCAGGCAAAACACUUCUAAUGGAUGCCUACCGGGUGUGGCAACAAGGUCAAAAGGUCAUGACCUAUGAUCUGGGGCGCAUUGAGAAUAUCAUGUCAGAAACAUACAUGCUCAUUAAACAGGUGGAUGAGGACGUGGCCCUGGACCAAGCAGUGAAGUUCUGCCAGAUACAGAUGGCAAUGUCAGCGCAACGACAGUCUGCUGGGGAUGCUCCAACAACACCCAAGUACACCAAGGAUCACCGUGACAUCUUCUUUCCCUCCUCUCUGCCUACACCGGUCUUGCUUAGCCACACAGCCUGUCACCCCCUGUCCGUCCAGCUCCAGGACAGCCAAGCCAAGCUCCAGCACGAGCCCCUGGGCAAAGUGCCCAGACCUCCAGCUAGUGGCUCCAACGAGCAGGUCCAGCCUCAGCACAGGAGAGCCAUCCUGCCCAUCCACUCUGCUUCAACUAUGGCCUUCCACCCUCAAACAGAGGAACGUGAGAAGCACCCAGGGGUCCUGUCUUAUAGACCCCAGGAGUCUCAUCUUUGCCAACAGAUGAAGCUGGCAACUGUGUCACCAGGGCAAGAGGCUGCAAGCUGGCACCAUGAAGAGCCUGCAUGUUGUAGUGCAACACAACCCUGCUCAGACCUGCAGAUGUACAGCAGGGGUGAGCUGUCUAAGAUGUCAGACCCCAGUCGCAUCCGGUCCCGCAUACCCCCGAACAUGCCAAAGCUCUUCAUCCCCUCCGUCGUCACAAAGUUCCCCCCGGAAAUCACCGUCACCCCACCUACACCCACCCUGCUCUCCCCCAAAGGAAGUAUCUCAGAAGAAACUAAGCAAAGACUCAAGAAUGUGAUCUUAUCCUCCCAAUCGGCUGCCACAGUCAAGAAGGAGACGUUGAUCCAGCCAGCCCUUGAGGUGCAGGAGACCUCCAGUCAGGAGUCCUCUCUGGAGAGCGAGUCGGACGAUGGAGAUGAGGAGGAUGAUUAUAUGGAUGUCUGAGCUAAUCUGCGUCCCUUGUUCCGUUUUCAGCUACAUGACUGAACCAACCUGGACUAUUACUAACCCCGCCACCUCCCCCCUUGACAGUGGAACGGUACAUGUCACUUCAGAUAGUAGCUAUGUGUUGGUUUAAUAGGUCUAUCUUGUAUUUUUAUGCUGAAUGGUAAAAAGCUUCUAAAGGGGAAAGCUUUUGGUCUGGUCGCUCAUUACAAUGUUUUUCUCUAGAAACUGUUGAAAUUGUGCAUGACUUCUAUAUAUUUCUAUUUCAACAACAAAUGUACGAUAAAUGUACGAAGUGCCAUUUACACUUACCACACCUGCCAGCUAUCCAAGCUCUGCAUUUUAUUUCACAUUAUAAUGAGAAAAGGUUUACAAUGGUGAUCUGAAUGACACUUACUGUAUCUGAAAUAGUCGGAAUUGGUGGAUUGUUGCUAUGCAGUCACAUUUUUAGCCUGCAAUACAGUUGGUAUCAUUGGCUGUGAUUUUUACAUCUUCCAUGAUGGAGAGUAGAAUUCUGCCUGCUAAUACUGUAUGCCCCUACUUCGGCAAAAUCCUUGUUGUUGGGGUGCAGCAUCGCACACAAAGGUGCUUCAGCCUGAUAUGUGCCAUGGCAACAUAUCACUGCUACCAGCUAACUUGUUUUCCAUAGGCAUUGAUUUAAGAAUCUAAAGGAACCCAAAUUUGUAUGUGACCUGUAUUUUCAUACACAAUAACAUUCUAUUAGGGCCAUUAGCGGCAAAUUAGGUGUUUAAAUAUAGGGAUUCUAAUGCAAUGUUGAGGAAUCUACUAGUCCAAAGCCUAAUAACCUGUAGCAGAUUGGAUAUGUUUACUAUCCAUGUGGGAUGUUUUUGAAUUGACUUUUAUGUUCUAUUUUUGUACUUAACUGUAUUAUUGCAAGUCUUGCUUGAUUUUGUGUCUGUUUGGAUUUCUAGCUUGCAGGAGCCUUCUUUACCAGGAAGAAAUCCGGUCACCAGCAUGGCUCAGAAUAAUAGACGGGUGUUUUUGUGUUAGUCUGAAUUAGCUUUUGUACAUACAGUUUCAAAUGAGGCUACAUUUGUAGAGCACAUGUAUAAGGGUUAAGGUUGGGGUAAGUACGCCUCUACUUUAGUCAAAUCAAGAAAUGCAAAUUGAACUAACUUGUCAUUGUCUUAUGUCAUUGAGUACAGAAUCAUGUCCAGGAGCCAUCUAAGAACGUAUCUAAACGUUUAUGUUAUGCCCCUUUGCCAAACACUAAUCCCUAUACUAUUUUUAUUCACUGGUAGAUCAGUAGAAAUGGUUGUGCUGUUUGGCGCAAGACAAUGCUAAUUGAGUUACUUUUGUCAGUCGUGUUUACUGAAUUUGCUGGCAUUGGAAUGUAAGGGUUGGAUUUUCGUAAUUGAGAGAAAAUGCAUUACCUAUUGAUCAGUUUGGGAUGUUAAAAAUUUACUCAGAGGAACAUGAUAGAAUUAUUAUUUUUAUUAGGAAAGGAUAUUUACCAUAUGUUUCUUGUAAAUUCUGUAUGGCUUUUUGAAGUUUAAAGUCUUGCUUGACUACCUAUAAGUGGAUGUUUGUAUUUUUUGGUGUAAAAAACGUUUAGUAUUUCUUCAGAGUUUCACAUGGGAAUGUAUCAUGACUGAGAGGUCACUUGUGUCUAAGGCUUUUCUUCUACUAUUAAACCUUAGCUUAGGCUAUGGAUUUUCUGUUCUCUAUAAUUGACUUUAACAUUAAAGAUGUCACAAUCUGAAAAUAUGUUUUAUACUC